GGUUCUCCCGCCGCCUGCAGAGCUGCAGUCCGGGCGCUUGCUGCGGGGUCCAGCCUAGAGCCACCUGGGAGGCAGGCGCGGUGACUGUCUCCAUCUCAGUAAGGGGAAACUGAGGCUCGGGACCCGAGACCCACCCAAAGCCUGCAGCGAGAGUGUGCAGAAGGCGAGAGUGUGUGCACGCGGGACCAGAUCCGAGCUGCGGGCGACGGGCGGCUCACAGGCGGGGCCUCUCCGUCCCGCCCCGCCCCAGCCCCGCCCGGCCCGGUCCCGCCCGCCGGGCUGCGCGGGGAGGCGGCGGCGCUCGGCGCGGGGACUCGGCGGGCGGCGCGAAGCGCGGAGCGGGAGCGGGAGCCGGAGCCGCCGCCGCCGCCACCUGCGCUGCAGCCAACAAGAUGUCAUGGCACCCCCAGUACCGCAGCUCCAAGUUCCGACAUGUCUACGGCAAGCCCGCCAGCAAAGAGAACUGCUACGACUCUGUGCCCAUCACACGCAGCGUCCACGACAACCACUUCUGUGCCGUGAACCCCCACUUCAUCGCUGUGGUCACUGAAUGUGCCGGCGGAGGUGCCUUCCUUGUCAUCCCCUUGCAUCAGACGGGAAAGUUGGACCCUCACUACCCCAAGGUCUGUGGGCACAGAGGGAACGUCUUGGACAUCAAGUGGAACCCUUUCAAUGACUUUGAGAUUGCCUCCUGUUCUGAAGAUGCCACGAUUAAGAUCUGGAAUAUCCCGAAGCAGUUGUUGACAAGGAACCUCACAGCCUACAGGAAGGAGCUGAUCGGUCAUGCACGCCGGGUGGGGCUGGUGGAGUGGCACCCCACGACUGCCAACAUUCUCUUCAGUGCUGGCUAUGACUACAAGGUGAUGGUGUGGAACCUGGACACAAAGGAAUCUGUGAUUUCUGGGCCGGUGAGGACAAUCAACUGUCACCAAGAUGUAAUCCUCUCCAUGUCCUUCAACACCAACGGCAGCAUGCUGGCCACCACCUGCAAGGAUCGCAAGAUUCGGAUUGUUGACCCCCGACUAGGGAUUGUCCUCCAGGAAGCCAGCUACAAGGGGCACCGGGCCAACAAAGUCCUGUUUCUGGGGAACCUCAAGAAGCUGCUAUCCACGGGCACCUCCCGGUGGAACAACCGGCAGAUGGCCCUGUGGGACCAGGACAACCUUUCUGUGCCCCUCACCGAGGAGGACCUGGACGGCUCCUCUGGUGUGCUGUUUCCCUUCUUCGACUCGGACACCAGCAUGCUGUAUAUUGUGGGGAAGGGAGACGGGAACAUCCGCUACUAUGAGGUGAGCACUGAGAAGCCUCACCUGACCUACCUGACUGAGUACCGCUCCUACAACCCACAGAAGGGGAUCGGUAUCAUGCCAAAGAGAGGUCUCGAUGUGUCUUCCUGCGAGAUCUUCCGCUUCUAUAAACUGAUCACAACCAAAAGCCUCAUCGAGCCGGUGUCCAUGAUUGUACCCCGGAGGUCAGAAUCCUACCAAGAGGACAUCUACCCGCCCACCGCGGCUGCCCAGCCCUCCCUGACAGCUCACGAGUGGCUUAGCGGAAUGAACAGAGGGCCUAUCAUGAUGUCCCUUAGACCUGGCUCCGAGCUGCUGGACUCCCAGGCUCUGCCUCCAGAGAGUCCCCUCUCCAAUUCUAUGGUCCAAGUUUCACCUCAGCCCUUAGAACCCAUUUCGCAGCCGGCCGAAGAUGGUGACCAGGCGCCCUUCUCGAUACUGGAGGAGAAGGUACCAAAGUGGGCUGUGGAGCAUCAGCUGGAGGAGAAGGCCUGCCUCACUAAUGGCUUUGAUGUUUUUGAAUGCCCCCCACCAAAGACAGAAAAUGAGCUGCUGCAGAUGUUCUACCGGCAACAGGAGGAGAUCCGGAGGCUCCGGGAGCUGUUAAUCCAGAGAGAGGUCCAGACCAAGCAGCUGGAACUGGAGAUAAAAAACCUGCGGAUGAUCUUAGGACAGUUCUGAGCAGAGAUCUCCUCCAUCCUUGCCCUCAGGGACACCGCUAGGCUCUGCAGAGAGGUCCAGAACCAAACUGCAAGUCCCCGAGAACAACCACUAUUUCUAUAUUUUAUACUAGGAAAACAAAACUCUCAGUUGCUGAAAGAGAACCCAGUGGGGACAUGGUGCCGCUUUCCUGUCGCCUUCUCGAAGCUGCAGGUCCUGCCCUGGCUGGUUUAGAUGACGCCCUGCCUUCUGCUGACUUCUGGUUUUAAGGGUUGGUGAGGAGCUAUGACCUCCCAGAGUGAAGAUGUGACCCAAUUCUAAACCGCAGGCAGGCGGCCAAACCCAUCCUUCCAGCCAGAACCAGCCAUGUGUCGUUAGAUCAUUCCAUAGAUGGGGACACAGACCCUCGGAGCUGAGUCCAAGUCUGUUGACUCCAGGAGGGCAGAAACGGGCUUCCACCCAGGGUAUCUAAAGUCCUCUGGGAGGGAGGGGGCACAGCACUGGAUGUGGCAAAGCCCCGGGGCCAGCCACCAGUAAGGGCACGGGGUGAGAACAUGGGUCCGGCUGGCACCUGGUCUGCCAGUCUGCGGCCCUCCCUGGUGUGUCUUGUGUCCGGUUCUGAGGCUCUUUUCUUUCUUGGUGCACGGUAAGCCCAGCUGGUGCCUGAGAAGAACUUGAGACAAGGCUUACCACAGGAGGUGCCCCCUCCCCUAUGCCCCCUGGACAAGCAGAGUUCCCCCCUCCCCUCCCGCUUUCCCCCCUGGACAGAUAGUAUUCUCCCCAUCACUCAAGGUUGUGCUGGAGCUCUGAGAAUUGCAGGGACCAUCCAGGCUAACAGGCUUCGACCCUUGUCUGUUAGCACCCCUCUGGAUGCACAUACUGAUGACAAGACCUGCCCACUGAAGCUGACCCUGCAGUGGAGGGUGUGGCCCUCUGGACAAGCGGCCUAGGUGACAUGGGGAUGGAGACACGUUUGGCUAGCAUCCUACUCCUGUAUUGGCAAUGGAAGCAGUACGAAGCCGACUCCCACAUGACCCCACUCACGGUCGCUGGUCUCUGCACACACCAGAGUCCUGUGCUCCUUGGUUUGCUCUCCACCCCUACACCACCCUAGGACUGUAUACCUAGAGCUAUGCUCGCCUUCUUCGAGCUCCUGAGGAAGAGGCUCCAGGCCAUGACAGGGACCUGGAGCUCCUGGGGUAGGGCUCUCGCUCCCUCUCCUUUCGUUUGUGACCAGUAUGUCCGUUUGUAAAGCCCCACCCCCAUGUUCAGAAGGCAGGAUAGCAUCAUAGUGAAGAAACCAGCCCCCAAACACUGGCUGCCACUUAUAUAUGGCUAGGGGUAGGGUCCAGGGAGCUUCCCAUCACAGCCCUGUAUAGCACCAUCCCUCAAAGCAACACCUAUCCCCCCUGUAAGGGACCCAGACCCAGACCUCACAUUCAGGAGCAGGUCACAGGCGGCUAUGAACAAAUUCAUUUGUUGUUUCUUGUUUUGUUGGGUUUUUUUUUUUACAUCUAGAAUAAAUUAUUUAAAUUAUUUCAUAGCAAGGGAGAGGGAUAUUUAAGUCAUCUUUUUUUAAAGAUUAUAUUAUGUUCUUGAGCUAUCAGAGCCACACUGCCUGCUAAGACAGUGUCCGCCCGAGCCGCAAAGCAGCCCACAUCUCCUUCCUCCAUGCCUUGGGAACUCCCUUUCUGUUGACUCAGGAACUUUGUGUGGAUGAGGAAGAGCGCUUGGAGAUGAGCUUGUACCCACCUCAACUCUAGAAUAAUUAUACUUCCUGGAAUAAAACUUGAGGUCGUGUCCCAGAGGGAAAACAGGAAUCGAGAAAUGGACCUAUACUUUUCAUAUGAAACCGUGCCUGAAGCCAUUUGAAUGAUUGUUUGAAUGUUUCUCAAAUUCCUUCCUUGUACCUUUGUAAAAAAAAAAAAAAAAGAAAGAAAAAAGAAAAAUAAUUAAGAAAUAAAGUUAAAAUAGACACAGAAUCAUGCAAUGGAAGAAUAUGACAAUCAACCGUGGGUGGUAAUUCCCACCUGUAAUCCCAGUGUGUGGAAGGCUGAGGCAGAAGGAUUGAGAACUUCAGACCAGCCUGGACAAAGAGUCUGAGACUCUGCCUCAACCAAAAUAAUAAAACACCAGACUUGAUACUGCAA